AUGUGUGUUAGAACGAUAAGUUCAACUGAUAUGUUCAGAUUACGUCACGAGAGAGAGGAACAAGAAAUGAAGAUUACCGAGGAGUCGAUUCUGAAAGAAAUUGAGGCAGAAUUGUUGAAACGGGAAGAAAACGUACAAAAACGCACCGCAGAAGUUCUUGAAAUGGUGAUGAAGAGCAAAAACUUCGUGACAGCCGAGAAUCUGGACGAAAAGCUGAAAGAAGCACUCGAUAAUCCGGUGGUGUAUGAUUAUGCGAUCGAUUUAAUGGGACAUAAAAUCUAUUCACCUGAACCAAGCAAGUAUUUAGAAGGUACUCCAACCAGGCAAAAAGGUCGACAGUUCGAUGUCAGUCUUGGAAUGCAGCAAGAAAAUAAAUCUGAAUCUCAAAAAUCUUGA